CCAAUAAUAAUUUCUUUUCAAUUUACAAGCUUAUAAAUUUUACAACACUUUUUUGACGCAAUGUUUUUAUUCGCAUUAACAUUGGUUUGUUUAUUUCAUUCGCUGAAUUUCUGGGAAUUUUGCAAACCAGAAAUCCACGCUAAAAUAUGUCCCUCGCCAUUAAUUCACACGGUGUGUGACCCUACCAAGGCGUUUGAUAACAAAGUCAGCAUGAUAUCAAAUGAAUUUCUGGGUCAUGUGCCAAUGACCAAGAAUAUUAAGGGAAUUUUCCUUCAUAUACACAAUGACUAUAGGAAUCGGGUGGCUGGUGGCGAAGAGAUUAGAAAUGGAACAACGGUGGUUAAGUUUCCCAAAGCAUCUCGUAUGCGUGAAUUAAUAUGGGACAAUGAGCUGAUGUAUGUGGCCCAUGUACACACGGCACAAACUCGUAUGGGCCAUGACAUAUGCCGCAAUACUCAACGAUUUCAUUAUGCAGGACAAAAUUUGGGUUGGAAAGGUACCCCCUAUAAUGUGCCUGUUUUGGAGAUGUUGAAUAGCUCAUUGUUUGAUAUGUAUAUGGAAAAAGAUCUAGUGCCCGAUCCCAUUGCCAUGGCCGCUAAUUAUAAUGCUGAAAUUAAAAAGGCUCGUGUUGGGCAUUUUACUGCGAUGGUGAAUGAUCGCACCUCACGUCUGGGAUGUGCCAUAUCAAUUGGCUUGAACUGCAAGGGACCACCAAAUGACAAAAUCUAUCCCUGGUGUUAUUAUUUGGCUUGCAAUUAUGAUGGCACUAAUCUAUUGUAUAGUUAUAUUUAUAAAACUGACCCCAAGCAAUCAGCUUCGCAAUGUUCCGAUUGGCGCGUGGGCAAAAGCUCUAAAUAUGAGAAUCUUUGUGCUAAUUCUGGGGAGAUUUUUUAUCCCGAAAAAAUGCCAUAAAACACAAUUUGGGGUAACAUUAACAAGAAUUCAGUCCUUAAUAAUAGAAUUUAAAUUUUUUAUUUUAAAAUAAAAUUUAUUGUUCUUGGUUGGUAAUAA